AUGCCUGUCCGUAUUAUGUGCACCAUCUCCUUCACCUCUGAUGACGAACCUGUACGAGGCUACGGAAAGGGAGACUUUGACGACCACUACAUGCGAGUUCCGAAGAGUUACAGCGACACGGGAUCCCAAGACCACCUGGACCCGACCGGCCAGGCGGAGGACUACGAAGAGGAAGAAGAAGAGAUUGGAGAAGUCGACGAUUUGGCUGCGUUCUUCGGCGGUUGCUCGCUACACGGUGCUAACCACAUUUUCGUCGAGGAUCAGAAGUUUGGGAUUCGCCAAGGUUUAUGGGCGGUGGUCUUUCUUUCGGCGCUUUCCAUGUUUUUAUUCCAAGUCGCAGACAGAGUCAUUUACUAUCUUCAGUACGAUCAUAUCACAAUGUUGGAUGAAAGAGUGGCGAAGAAUCUAACCUUCCCCGCGAUAACUAUGUGCAACUAUAACUUUAUAAGGAAAUCGCAGAUGAGUUACAGCGAUCUGAUUUUCAUGGGACCUCUUUUGGGAUUUGAAGAAGGUAUGGCUCCAGGUUUCCCUCUCGCCCCUGAGCCAGACCGACCUCCGGGGUCAAGGUUCAGCCUGGACGAGUUCUACAAUCGUACGAGGCACCGCAUGGAAGACAUGCUGCUAGAAUGCAACUUCAGAGGAGAAGAGUGUGGACCGGAGAACUUCAGCGAGAUCUUCACGCGUUACGGUAAAUGCUACAUGUUUAACUCGGGGCAGGACGGGAAGACCCCCCUGGUGACCACGAAGGGGGGCAUGGGCAACGGACUGGAGCUCAUGCUGGACAUCCAACAAGACGAGUACCUGCCUGUGUGGGGAGAGACUGAUGAAACCUCUUUUGAAGCCGGGAUCAAGGUUCAGAUUCACACUCAAGACGAACCCCCUUUUAUCGAUCAGCUGGGCUUCGGAGUGGCCCCAGGCUUCCAGACCUUCGUGUCCUGUCAGGAGCAGAGGCUGACGUACCUCCCUCCUCCCUGGGGCGACUGUAAAGCUUCUGCCAUGGACUCAGACUUCUUCAGCACCUACAGUAUCACAGCCUGUCGUAUCGACUGUGAGACGCGCUACCUGGUGGAGAACUGCAACUGCCGAAUGGUCCAUAUGCCAGGAGACGCUCCAUACUGUACCCCUGAGCAGUACAAGGAAUGUGCAGAUCCGGCCCUGGACUUUUUGGUGGAGCGGGACAACGACUACUGCGUGUGCGAGACUCCAUGUAACCUGACCCGCUACGGAAAAGAGAUGUCCUUUGUCAAGAUCCCCAGUAAAGCCUCUGCGAAGUACCUGGCCAAGAAGUUCAACAAAACUGAGCAGUACAUAUCUGAAAACAUCCUGGUUUUGGACAUCUACUUUGAAGCACUAAACUACGAGACCAUUGAGCAGAAGAAGGCUUACGAACUGGCUGGUCUCCUGGGUGACAUUGGUGGUCAGAUGGGUCUCUUCAUUGGAGCAAGUAUCCUGACCAUCCUUGAACUCUUUGACUAUCUUUAUGAGGUGAUCAAGUACAAGCUGUGCAGGUGUGUGAAGAAAAAACACAAGGGACGCAACAACAAUGACCGAGGAGCUGUGCUGAGCCUGGACGAUGUCAAACGCCAUGCUCCUUGCGAGAACAUGCGCACGCCAUCUUCAUACCCGGGCAACAUGCUACCUCACCACCCGGCGCAGGCCAACUUCGAAGACUUCACUUGUUGAACCUGUCACGAGAAUCUACUCAAAUCUACAAGUGCGAGUUAUGCAACCAAAGUCAACAAUACCAGACUAUACUGUAUCUACCACGGAGCGGAAAUACUGACCGAUGAGACACUUUUUACACGGACAAAAAUGGACAAAUAUCGAAGAGAUUUAAGAGGAGAGAGAGCCCAAAUGAGAAAAAAAAAUACAAAAUUAUUCCCCUAAAGGUUUGCAGCAUUGUAUACUGAGGAGCACUGCCGCAAAGGACUCUAUAAAAGACAAUUUGUCAACGAAAAUAUAUUGAAAAUGUAUAGAUCCAUCAUGCCUUUAUGUAAACACACAUCGAUGUUUCGGGAACGCCGCGGAACUCUCGGCCAUUUUGCUAACUCACCUGUAGCAACAUCUGUACGCCAUUCAAAAGCUGGACUCCUGUGUAGUCUAUGAGAAUGUA